AUGAACUUCGAAGAGAUUAAUAGCCAGAGUUUCUCAGUUCUCUUCAAUGAAGACGAUUAUGAAAUCGACAUAUCCAUCAAUCGGAAGGAGUCAGAGUCUCGAAGAGGACCAGGAAUGCUAAAGAAAGCUGUAUCCAUAAGAAGUUUGAUGAUGGGAAAGUCUCAAUCAGAGGAAGAAACUGCACUUCUCACGGAUAAUUCGCAUGGUGCUGACAGCGAAAUGGAAGACCAUCAGGUUGUUGUAACAACAACAAAACAAGGAGAGUCAAGCUCAGCAUUGGCAGACCUCAUCUACGGGGACGAUGAGGCUGCUUACGUUAGUGACCUUUCGGACGAAGAGGGCAAUUUUGAUGAGCCCGAGGCCGCCACGGACCAGGCGACGAAAGAUGCGAAGAUUGCUCAACGGAGUUUCAAGAGAAGGAGCCAUAGGGUCGGUCUUGCACGUGGUGGCUCGUCUUCACGACUACUAGUAGCUGACUCUCGCACUAAUUCAGAAAAAAGUUUAGUCAAGGACCCAGGAAGCCACCAAAGAAGAAGACCCGGUCUUACGCGUGAUGGUUCGUCUUCACGUCUACUUGCUGAUUCUUGCCGUUCUGCAGGCAGGGGCGGCCUUCCGCGGGGUGGUUCUUCUUCACGACUACUUGCUGACUGUCGAAGCUCCUCACAUAGAAGUUUAGUCAGCAACCCAGCACAAAGGCGAAGACAACGAAGCAUGCAAACAAGACCCCAGCAAGGAAGUCGUCGGUCAACUGGCCAUCGUAGAACACAAAGCUCUCGCACCCCAUCAAAGGAUACACUUCAAAUUAUUGAGAAUGCUCUCAGGAGAAAGCCCAGUCAAUUCGUUGGUGCACAAAAUGCAGAAUUCGAAAUGCCGCUGAAAGCCCCCAGCCCACGCCGCCUCAAAACAAGCAAGUCCUCCUCCGAUAUCUGGGAGACUCCUGGAUCUUUGAAUGAGGCAGUCCGCCGUUCUAGAUCAGCCUGCACGAUGUUGGGAGAUCUUGUUCCCGUCGCCCCCAAACGGCUUCCUUCGUCUCGGAACCUGGUUGCAUCGGACGGCCACAGAAGAGGACGAAAAUCGACAUGCAGCGACAAGUCUAACGAAGAGGAGGAUAAUAGAAGACAGCAAUGGAGAUCUAAGUCUACAGAACGGAGGUUGAAGGGCACCAAACUGUUGUCUCCUACUCCGACUCGUUCAACUCUCUCCUCGUCUUGCUCUCGAAAUGGAGGAAGAUUGAGUCAACUCAGCUAA